CCAAUAGUAGAGGUGACGACGUGUUAAACAUACGGCUUUGUGUUUCAGGUGUCGUCUGUAUCGUAUCGAGUGCCGUGUGCGAGUGCUGUGUGUAGUCAGUGACCAUGUGCGACGACGAUGCGGGUGCGCUUGUCGUGGACAACGGCUCCGGCAUGUGCAAGGCCGGCUUCGCGGGCGACGACGCGCCCCGCGCCGUGUUCCCCUCCAUCGUAGGCCGUCCCCGCCACCAAGGCGUCAUGGUGGGCAUGGGUCAGAAAGACUCUUAUGUCGGAGACGAAGCACAAAGUAAGAGAGGUAUCUUGACAUUAAAGUACCCCAUCGAGCAUGGUAUCAUCACCAACUGGGACGAUAUGGAAAAAAUUUGGCAUCACACCUUCUACAAUGAGCUUCGCGUCGCCCCUGAAGAACAUCCCAUAUUACUGACAGAAGCGCCACUGAACCCCAAAGCGAACAGGGAAAAAAUGACGCAAAUAAUGUUCGAAACUUUCAACUGCCCGGCCAUGUACGUCGCGAUUCAAGCGGUGCUCUCACUGUACGCCUCCGGUCGUACUACUGGUAUUGUGUUGGAUUCAGGAGAUGGUGUUUCUCAUACUGUGCCUAUUUACGAAGGUUACGCGUUGCCUCAUGCUAUACUACGAUUGGACUUGGCCGGCCGAGAUCUUACCGAUUAUCUUAUGAAAAUUCUCACCGAGAGAGGAUAUUCGUUCACCACUACCGCAGAGAGAGAAAUCGUCCGGGACAUCAAGGAGAAGUUGUGUUACGUCGCCCUGGACUUCGAGCAGGAGAUGCAGACUGCGGCCGCCUCCACCUCACUGGAGAAGUCGUACGAGCUGCCCGACGGUCAGGUGAUCACAAUCGGCAACGAAAGAUUCAGAUGUCCCGAAGCUCUAUUCCAGCCUUCGUUCUUGGGCAUGGAGUCGUGUGGCAUUCACGAGACCGUCUACAACUCGAUUAUGAAGUGCGACGUGGACAUCCGUAAGGAUCUAUAUGCCAACACUGUCCUGUCGGGUGGCACCACCAUGUACCCCGGUAUCGCUGAUAGGAUGCAAAAGGAGAUCACGGCCCUCGCGCCCUCCACCAUUAAAAUCAAAAUUAUUGCUCCUCCUGAGAGGAAGUACUCGGUAUGGAUCGGCGGGUCUAUCCUGGCGUCGCUGUCCACUUUCCAGCAGAUGUGGAUUUCCAAACAGGAAUAUGACGAGUCGGGCCCUGGCAUCGUGCACCGCAAGUGCUUCUAGACGUCGGUGACCAGGUCGGCACCGGCUCCA